CACUCUCCACUAAUGCGUUUUCUUACUUUUUUUCGCCGUCUGUCUCUCUUCUGCUCCUCCGGAAUCUGCUGCAGAUACUAGCAACCAGAACACAGUCUCUCUGCUUCAUCCUCUCCAUCUUGGGAGAUAGCGUGUAUCCGAAUUUCGAGACCGUCGAUUGUCUGCUUGUUCGUACUUGGUCCUAAUGGGACUUCACUCCUCCAUCUGCAGUGCUUUACUUUGCUUUUAAUCUACGUUCAUGAUAAUCCGCGAAGGAUCUUCUUCGAGAUCGUCGACUGCUUGUAAUUGAUUUUUCGGCUUCUGCAUUUCUUCUUCGGCAUUAGUCGCUUUGCAGGAUGGGGGAUGGCAGUGAAGGGUGAGAAUAUUUGAUAUCAUGUCAUUGAGGAUACAAGCAAGUAAUGUGGAGUUCUCGGAACCUUUAAAGGAAAUGGAAUACGAUGCAGAGCUCAAAAAGAGUUCAAGGCAUCAGAAUAUGUCAAGAGCUGCUGCCAACGAGGAAAUCCCAUUGCAACAUGAAAGCAAUAGUGUGAAGCUGCAAGACAAGUUAAAAACUGAGAAGUUCACCAAACAGUCAAACAAAGAUCUCCAUUACAGGGCAGAACGGAAGAUAGUCCAUUACAAAGUAAGACAGGAUGAUGCUCAUAGGCUCUUGAUUCCUCCUAAAUCUUUGCAGAAUCACCGAAAGCAACGGAGCAACAGUGAAGUAACUCAAAAUGAUGAGCUUGUCAAGUACAUGUCCAAUUUACCAUGUUAUCUGCAGCGUAUGGAGAUAGGAAGAAACUUACAAGAGAAGGCUUUGAAUUUUGGAGUGCUUGAUUGGGAACAUUUGGAGAAAUGGAAGUACAAGAAAAAACAGAUCCCAAACAGAGGUACAACAUAUGAUCCAUCAACUAGUAAUGCUUCCUCUUCAUUCACAACUGUUGGGUCAUCCACCCUUUAUGGUAGAAGUCACAAUGGAUCUUCUGCCUGCCAGAAGAAACAAUCUCAUUCAUCUUUUCCUAAUCUGAACUCAACUCUAAAUGAUGAAAUCAAUCAAAGGGUAAAACCAACCAGGGGAAAGGUCAGUGAUCUUCAAGAAACUAGAGUUGCCCCUCAUAAUAAUUCAUUCAUUGGGACGCAAGAGCUCCUCGCGGUAGAUCAGUUCUUUUGCCAAAAUUAUUCAGAAAUUAAACUAGAGAAGCAGUCUAAGAGAAAAGAUUUAAAUCCCAAGAUCAUUCCAGAAAAGGAAACAUCAUCUUCUAGGUUGAAAGAUCAUGGGAUCUCAUUCUGUCCUAGGGGAAAGAUGCAGAUACAAGAUGGUAAAUCUGAAAGGAGAUCAGAGCUGUUGCAUCAGCUGACUUACAGUCUUCCUGACAAUCCGUGCCCUGGAAGACACAAAAAUAUCAUUCUAAUUUUGCCUAGAGAUUGCUCACGAAGCAAUUCAUUAGGGAUAUACAAACAGGUCGAAUUCCCAAUGUCAGUUGAUGGAAGAUCAGCAGAAGCAGAUCAGAAAAGCUUUUCAGAUAGUCUUCAUCACAAAGAGGAGGUUUGCCUUGCAGAUCUCUAUUCUGAUGUUCCACACUCAUGCCCACUUCCUUGUACAGUUGAAGAUAGCCAAGAGUCUGACACGAAGUUGCCCUACUCUUUAUAUACCCAAGGUACUGAAGUUCCAUCAGAAGAUGCAAGUGGUUUGGUGGUAACUCCAGAGGAAGUACCAACUGGACAGGAUAAUGAUGUAGAAGAAAUCAAGCCAUCAAGUUUAAUUACCGUUGAGUCUUCAUGUAGAUUGGAUCCAAAUGCUGCUGAGGUUAGAAAUCAAUUACCGAAUCAUCGACCCAGCAGUGAUUUGGGUAGGCUGAGCAGAAGUUAUUUUAAAGGGGUUGAAACCAUUCCACAGUUGAGAUCAUCAUAUGUUACUGUUAAAUCUGGUCCAGCGAGGUCAGAUGUUCCUGCUUUGUCAGAUGAUUCAGCUAGAGAUAAAACAAACACCAAUAGCAGAGGCAGGUCCAGUCCUCUGAGAAGGCUACUAGAGCCACUGCUGAAGCCCAAGGCUGCAAACUGCCCUGAGCUGUUACUGAAGGAGUCAAAGUCAAAUCAUAGAGCUUGCAAGUCAUUUGAUGGUCAACGAGAUUCUUCCACUGUUCAAUCUGUGAAAAGAAAUUUGAAUUUAUCAAAUUCAGGGCCUGUCAAUGCUGAUGAUUCAUGUGCAAUUGAGAAACAUGUAGAAUCAAUGAUGCAUGCUCUUAUGCAAGUCAAAGUUAAGAAUGGAUUACCUAUGUUUACAUUUGUAGUUGACAGUGCUACAGAUGUUCUUGCAGCCACAAUGAGGAAAGAGAGCACAACUGUAAAGGAUGGUUACAGUUGGGUUUACACAAUUUGCACUGUUCGUGAAAUUAAAAAGAAAAGUGGAAGGUGGGUAAGUCAAGGAAGCAAAGGUAAAAAUCAUGGUUAUGCCUCUAGUGUUGUAGGACAAAUGAAGGUAUCCCAGUCUCAGUGCCCUAUGCAGAAUAGACAUAAUUUUAAUGAUCACUUUCUGGUGAGAAAGUUUGUUUUAUUUGGUGUUGAACUGAGACAGGCAGAUCAAGAAACCUUAGAUUUUCACCCCAAUAGUGAGCUUGCUUCCAUUAUUAUCAAGCUCCCAGAAGAGAAUUCGGGACAUUUUAGAGAUGAUGGUUGGCAGAGCAACAAAAAUAUAGACCUAUCAGAUAUGAGGUUGAGCAGUAGUAUUUCAGAGGAGAGAUGUUUGUGCAAUGCUGGGGAGAACCCAGACACUGAACAUAAUGCAGUAACUGAAAGGGUUACAAGUACUGUGGUCAUAGUCCCAAGUGGUGUCCAUAGCUUGCCAAGCACAGGAGUGCCUUCAUCUCUUGUUGACCGAUGGAAGUCUGGUGGAUCAUGUGAUUGUGGGGGUUGGGAUAUGGGUUGCAAACUCAGAAUUCUUACUAACCAGGGUCAAUGGAAUGAGAACUUUACUUCAUCCAAAGCUUCUUCCACCCCUGAACAAUUUGAUCUUUUCAUUCAGGGAGGUUGUCAACAAAAUAGACCUGUCUUCAGCUUAACCCCAUUCAAGAAAGGAAUUUUCUCAGUCGAUUUCCAUGGUUCAUUAACUUUUUUGCAAGCAUUCUCCAUCUGUAUAGCAGUUGUAAACAUUAGGAAACCGUAUCAAUCAGAAUUGAGUAAUAUGUUUGAAGCAAAAGGUCCACAUGAAACGCUGUCAAUUGAAAAUGAAAGGAUACAUGCCCGCCCUGGAGCUGAGCAUGCAAGAUAUGCCCCUUUUCCACCACUUUCUCCAGUUGGGAGGGUCUAGUUUCAUACAGAAGCUCUCUUAAAAUUGGUUCCAUGCAUCUUCAUAAUCUGUUAUAGCUGGCAGAGCGGGUGGCAACUGAACAACUUGAAGGCUUGAACAGAUAUCUUAUGGAUGGAGUUCAUACUUUUUGUAACAGUGACACGAGUAGCCAAGAAGUGAGAACUUUUGAACUUUUGGAAAUGUGUAUAUCAAAUUUGUCGAUUAACGGGGUUUGAAUGCCCA